AUGCCUGCCUUCCGCCAUCCCGUUGCCGCAAUCUCGCACGGCCCUGGUCCUCUGUGGCUGAUCUCAUCGGGAUUCGACGAAAUGGUGCGAGACACUGUGACUGCUCCUGAAGUAUUAAGAUCACUCUUCGGUAAACUUUACCCAAAGGACGAGAACCUGCCCAAACGGAUCCUCCUUGUGUCAGCGCACUUUGAGUCCAGUAGCAGCGGAUUCGAGAUCUCCAAUGCUGCCAACCCAGAAAUGAUCUACGACUACUAUGGCUUCUCCGAGGAGGCCUACGAAGUCAAGUACCCUGCUAAAGGCGAUCCUGCUUUCGCGCAGCGA